GUUUCCCUCUCCGCUGUGGGUCUCCAGCCGGUUGCUCAGAUCUCCUCGACUCUGGACAGUUUUUGAUUUUUUUUAUCGUUGACCUGUGGGAACGAUUUGGAUACAGGAGUUGUGGAAUUACUUCACUAACAGCUCCCCUCCAUCUCCUCUUCCUCCUGCUCUCAUCUCAUCCGUCACAGCCCAUGACAGCAGAUCAGCCAACAUGGCAUUCUCACAUCGCUUUUCCUUCUGGGAGCAAAAGAUUAAAGAAGAUAACAAGCCAGGAAGCAAAAGUUCAGACAGUGAAGGGCUGCCCAGCCGGGCCAAGUCUGUGCCAGCUCUAGACCCUGGCAGGGGGUUAUUCCGGUCAACAAGUCCCCCAUCAGUUUCCCAUACGGAGUUGAAAGCCCGGGUCAGGAGUCCCUCCCCACCUAAAGUCAGGACACCUGUUAAAGUACCAGAACGCUUCAAAAGCCCUGAGCCACCGUCAAAGAAGGCAGAGCAAAUUAGGAGUCCUGAACCACCACAAGCUCCUCUGAGCCCACAGCCAGUUAUGAACGGUGAGCGAGAGCAAAAUGGCAUAAUGGGCAAAAGUGUGGCCAACGGUACAGCCAAUAGUGAUAUUAACGUUCCAGGCAGCAGCACCAACCAGAUGGAUACCACGGAGGACAAGGGUCUGACACGUAAGAAAGUAGUGAAGGUGGUUCGUCGAGUUGUCAGGAAGGUCCUGCCCGCAGAAGAGGACGAGACCACUGUGCCAACACAACAGUCAGGCAAAGCACCACAAGCAGCCAGGCCUACUGCCGAACCAGUUAAAGCAGCGCCAGCACCAGCUCCAGUGCCGAAGGCCCCCAUGAUGUCAGGGUUCUCUUUUAAACAUGACGCGGUCAAAACGGAAGACGACAUUUCACGAGGGUUGACAAACCUCAUGGUCAGAGGCAGGACAAGGGAGCCCCGGCCACGAAUAUGCAAGGAUGAUCGACCAGAAAAAUUAGAGUUGGAGAAGAUAAAUGAGAAGAAAGAGGAAAAAGUCGUUGAGCCACAGCAGAUAAAAGAGAAGGAGGAUAAAACCACCGUAAAGCCACAGGAGGUCAAUUCCAAACCUACAAGCUCUGGUCCAGGCGUACAGCUUGUCAAAUCACCUGUGGCUGCUGGAAACCCAACCAGUAUGGCUUCUGAGCACGCGGCUCCAACAUCUUCCAAAUCGACCCAUUCCAGACCCUCCUCUCUCCCACCAGUUGUUGGCUUUAUCCCGGCUCCUAAGCCCUCACCCUUGUCACCGCCCCCUGGCUUCAUACCUGCGCCAAAACCAACUGCGGCAACAAAACCCGCCCCUAAAAAUCUUCAGUCUACCACCCCAGUGGCCCAGAAAUCUUCCUCCGUCUCUCCUUCAUCACGUUUCAUCCCAGCUCCUAAACCCUCUCCGCUCAAAACUCCUGUGAGCCCCGAUCCUCCCCGUCCCACUCUUAGUCCACUGUCUCUCCCUCAAGGAGUCAUUUCAAUUCAACAAACUGCUGUCAGUCAACAAGAGGAGGAGCCGCUCAGUCCCACCGAGGAAGCUCAGAGACGCCUGAUGAGGAUCUUCAAUGCCCCUCUGGAGCUGGCUGUCAGUGUUUCGUCUUCUGUCCAAGCCCCCGCGGCCUCGCAGCCCCUCCAGGGAUCAGUGGAAGAGGACCCUGUGGCCCUCCUUCUGGCAUCUCAUGCUGCAGCUCAGCAGCCCCAGGUGAAGACAGAGGAGCAGAUCGCAGCCGAGCAGGCCUGGUAUGGAUCCGAGAAAGUCUGGCUGGUCCACAAAGAUGGCUUCUCCCUGGCCACCGUGGUGAAGACGGAGGCUGGCUCCCUGCCAGAGGGCAAGGUGAAAAUCCAACUGGAGCACGAUGGGACAGUACUGGAAGUGGACGAGGACGACGUAGAAAAGGCCAACCCUCCAUCAUACAACCGAUCAGAGGACCUGGCUUCACUGCUCUACCUGAAUGAAUCCAGUGUGAUGCACUGCCUGAGGCAGCGCUAUGGAGGUAACCUCAUCCACACCUACGCUGGACUCAAUACGGUCAUCAUCAACCCCCUAAGCACACCCUCCAUGUACUCUGAGAAGGUGAUGCACAUGUUCAAAGGCUGUCGGCGCGAUGACUCUGCACCUCAUAUCUACUCGGUGGCCCAGUCGGCCUAUCGCAACCUGCUCACCACCCGGCAGGACCAGUCCAUCGUGCUGCUGGGCAAGUCCGGCAGCGGCAAGACCACCAACUGCCAGCACCUGGUCCAGUACCUGGUCUCUAUCGCCGGCAGCACGGGCAAAAUCUUCUCCGCUGAGAAGUGGCAGGCGGUCUACACCAUCCUGGAGGCUUUCGGCAACAGCUCCACCUCUAUGAACACCAACGCCAGCCGCUUCUCCCACGUAGUGUCCCUCGACUUUGACCAGGCUGGCCAGGUGGCCUCCGCGUCUAUCCAGACGAUGCUGCUGGAGAAACUGCGGGUGAGCAAACGGCCCGAGGCAGAGUCCACCUUCAACGUCUUCUACUACAUGAUGGCGGGAGCCGACAGCACCCUGAGGACCGAGCUGCACUUUAACCACCUGGCUGAGAAUAGUGCUUUUGGGAUCCUCCCGCAGUCUAAGCCUGAAGACAAGCAGCGCGCCUCGCAGCAGUUCACCAAGCUACAGGCAGCCAUGAAGGUGCUGGGCAUCUCCGGGGAGGAGCAGAAGGCCCUCUGGCUCAUCCUGGGGGCCGUGUACCACUUGGGGGCCGCAGGAGCCACUAAAGCGGGACGUAGGCAAUUUGCCCGUCAUGAGUGGGCCCAGAAGGCAGCCUACCUGCUGGGCUGUACCUUAGAGGAGCUGUCCUCCUCCAUCUUUAAGCACCAGGCCAAAGGACUGCAGCACUCCACCUCCUUCAGAGGGGGGCCAGACGAGGCCGGCCAAGGCGACAGCUCAGGCUCUAAGGUCACAGCUCUGGAGUGUUUGGAGGCCAUGGCAUCCGGACUCUACUCGGAGCUCUUCACUCUCGUCAUCUCCCUAAUUAACAGGGCUCUGAAGUCCAGCCAGCACUCUCUGUGCUCCCUGCUGAUCGUGGACACUCCGGGUUUCCAGAACCCCCGGCUGGCUCAGCAGCAGCGGGGAGCCACGUUUGAGGAGCUCUGCCACAACUACACCCAGGAGAGGCUGCAGACCCUGUUCCAUGAACGCACCUUCGUCCAGGAGCUGGACCGAUACAAGGAGGAAAACAUAGAGCUUGCUUUAGAUGACAUAGAGUCCAGUACCUCACUGUCUGUAGCAGCUAUUGACCAAGCCUCAACCCAAGCUCUGGUGCGCACUCUGGCCAGGACGGAUGAGGCUCGAGGCCUUCUGUGGCUGAUGGAGGAGGAGGCCGUUCAGCCUGGAGGUUCAGAGGAAACCAUGCUGGAGAGACUCUUCAGCUACUACGGCUCUGUACAGGGAGAAAACAAAGGAGCCAGUCUGCUGCUGCGAGGAGAGAAGCCCCACCUCUUCAUGUUGGGUCACAGCCACGGGACAGACUGGGUGGAGUAUAACGCUCAGGGCUGGCUGAGCCAUGCCAAGCACAACCCUGCUGCCCAGAACGCUGCCACACUGCUGCAGGACUCCCAGAAGAAGAACAUCAGUGGGCUGUUUAUGGGCCGGGCCAGCGGGGCCACAGUGUUGUCGGGCUCCAUCGCUGGUCUGGAGGGCAGCUCCCAGCUUGCCCUGCGACGAGCCACCAGCAUGAGGAAAACCUUCACCACAGGCGUGGCUGCGGUCAAGAAGAAGAGCCUGUGUAUCCAGGUCAAACUCCAAGUGGACGCUCUGAUUGACAUGGUGCGUCGUUCCAGGGUUCACUUCGUUCACUGCCUGCUGCCCAAAGCAGAGGCAGUGAGUGGUGGAGGUGAGCCCCGUGUGACGCAUGGAGAAAGCCCCGACUCGGGCCUCAUGACUUUGGACGUUGGCCUCCUGAGAGCUCAGCUCCGAGGAUCCAAACUGCUGGAUGCACUGCGCAUCUACAGGCAAGGAUACCCAGACCACAUGGUGUUUUCUGAGUUCCGCAGGCGCUUUGAUGUCCUGGCACCACAUCUGACCAAGAAGCAUGGCCGCCACUACAUUGUCACAGAUGAGAAGAGGGCGGUGGAGGAGUUGCUGGAGUCCUUGGAUCUGGAGAAGAGCAGCUACCACAUGGGGCUGAGCAGGGUGUUCUUCAGAGCGGGGACUCUGUCCAGGCUGGAGGAGCAGCGAGACGUUCAGACCAGGAGGAAUAUCUCUCUGUUCCAGGCUGCCUGCAGGGGAUACCUGUCCAGGCAGGCCUUCAAGAAGAGGAAGAUCCAGGAUCUGGCCAUCCGCUGCAUCCAGAAGAACAUAAAGAAGAAUCGCGGUGUCAAAGGCUGGCCAUGGUGGAAGCUCUUCACCACUGUCAGACCUCUGAUAGAGGUGCAACUCACUGAGGAACAGAUCCGCGGCAAGGAUGAAGAGAUCCAGCACCUGAAGCAGAAGCUGGAGAAGGUGGAGAAAGAGAGGAACGAGCUGAGACUCAACAGCGACCGCCUUGAGAGCCGGAUCUCAGAGCUGUCAUCAGAGCUGGCUGAUGAGCGGAACACCGGGGAGUCAGCCUCCCAGCUGCUGGAGACAGAAACUUCUGAGAGACUUCGCCUGGAGAAGGACACGAAGGACCUGCAGGCCAAGUUUGACAGUAUGAAGAAACAGAUGGAGUCCAUGGAGAUGGAGGUGAUGGAGGCUCGACUCAUCAGGGCGUCUGAACUCAACGGAGAGAUGGACGAUGACGACACAGGCGGUGAGUGGAGGCUGAAGUAUGAGCGAGCCAUCAGGGAGAUUGAGUUCACCAAGAAGAGACUGCAGCAGGAGUGUGAUGACAAGCUGGAGGUGGAGCAGCAGAACAAGCGGCAGCUGGAGAGGAGGAUCACCGACCUGCAGGCCGACAACGAGGAGUCCCAGCGAAACAUCUCGCAGCUGAAGAAGAAGACCCAGCGGCUCACGUCUGAACUGCAGGACACCAAACUUCACCUGGAGGGCCAACAGAGCCGCAACCACGACCUGGAGAAGAAGCAGAGGAAGUUUGACGGCGAGCUGAGUAUGGCCCAGGAGGAGGUGCAGAGGGAGAGGAGCCUGAGGGAGAAACUGGCCCGAGAGAAAGACAUGCUGGCCGGAGAGGCCUUCAGCCUCCGACAGCAGCUGGAGGACAAGGACCUGGAGGUGUGUGCAGUCAACGUGAAGCUGGAGCAGCUGGAUGCUGAGCUGCACGACCUCAAUUCCCAGGAGUCCAAGGAUGAAGCUUCUCUGGCCAAGGUGAGGAAGCAGCUCCGCGACAUGGAGGCCAAGUUGAAAGACCAGGAGGAGGAGCUGGACGAGCAGGCCGGCACCAUCCAGAUGUUGGAGCAGGCCAAGCUUCGUCUGGAGAUGGAGAUGGAGCGCUUGCGUCAGACUCAUUCCAAGGAGGUGGAGAGCAAAGACGACGAGGUGGAGGAGAUCAGGCAGUCCUGCAGCAAGAAGCUGAAGCAAAUGGAAGUCCAGCUUGAAGAAGAGUACGACGAGAAGCAGAAGGUGCUGAAGGAGAAGAGAGAGCUGGAGUCCAAGCUUCUGUCAGCACAGGACAAGGUGAGGACUGGUGACGUAGAUGCUGAGAAGCGUUUGAGGAAGGACCUGAAGAGAACCAAGGCUCUGCUGGCUGAUGCCCAGAUCAUGUUGGACCACAUCAAGAACAACGCACCCAGCAAGAGGGAGAUCGCCCAGCUCAAAAACCAGCUAGAGGAGUCUGAGUUCACCUGUGCGACGGCAGUUAAAGCUCGUAAGUCCAUGGAGGUGGAGAUUGAAGACCUGCACGUUCAGAUGGAUGACAUCUCCAAAACCAAACAGGCGCUGGAGGAGCAGCUGAGUCGUCUGCAGAGGGAGAAGAACGAGCUGCAGUCCAGGAUGGAGGAGGACCAGGAGGACCUCAACGAGCUGAUGAAGAAACACAAGGCCGCCGUGGCCCAGUCAGCCCAGAAUCUGGCUCAGAUCAGUGACCUACAAGCCCAGCUGGAGGAGGCCCUCAAGGAGAAGCAGGAGGUUCAGGAGAAGGUGCAAGCCCUCCAGAGCCAGCUGGAGUUCCAGGAGCAGUCAAUGGUGGAGAAAUCCCUUGUCAGCCGGCAGGAGGCCAAGAUCCGUGAGCUGGAGACCAAGCUGGAGUUUGAGAAGACACAGGUCAAACGCCUGGAGAGCCUUGUAGCACGUCUUAAGGAGAAUUUGGAGAAGCUGACAGAGGAACGAGACCAGCGCAGCAGCGGCGAGAAUCGUGAGAAGGAACAGAACAAACGCCUGCAGAGACAGAUCCGCGACAUCAAAGAGGAGACGGGGGAACUGGCCAAAAAGGAAGCCGAGGCCAGCCGCAAAAAACACGAGCUGGAAAUGGACAUAGAGAGCUUAGAGGCUGCUAACCAGAGCCUUCAGGCAGACCUCAAGCUGGCCUUCAAAAGGAUUGGCGACCUGCAGGCGGCCAUCGAGGACGAGAUGGAGAGUGACGACAAUGAAGACCUUAUCAACAGUUUGCAAGACAUGGUGACAAAGUAUCAGAAAAGGCAGAACAGAGCUCCAGGGGAUUCAGACACAGACUCGGAGGUGGAGGAUCGUGUGGACGGGGUGAAGUCCUGGUUGUCUAAAAGCAAAGGUUCCGCCAAGAACCUCUCAGAUGACGGCAGCCUCAAGAGCUCCAGAUUUGCUGUAAAUGUAGACGCAAAGGAAGGGAAAGAGUGGAAAGAGGGUAAGGAAUGGAAAGAAGUUAAUAAAGAGGGCAAAGAGGUAGAGCCAAGCAGGCCAAUGUCGGUGAUGAGCUCGCUCAGCUACAGAAAACGCUCCAACAUUGAUUCUAUCGGUGGCAAAGGGGGUGCCCUCUUGAGGGGGCUGAAGGAGAGUGCAGAGUCCGAAGACGCUCUAUCCUUCCAUAAGGCUAAACCCAAAAACCCAGAUUUUCACCACGACACCUACUCAGUCAACUCCAGGAGGAAGUCCCAGGCAGGGGAUGACAUGAAUGACAGAGAAUCAGUCAUCUCCCAGGCCUAUUCAGAGGCCAACAGCCGAGCCAGGAAAGGCAUGGACAGCCGCUGGGGGGACUUCGACAAAGAAUCAGUCAUUUCAUACCCUGCACCAAGUCGGGCCUCCACACGUCUUGGGUUAAGCCCAGAGAACGAUGCCAAGUCUACCGUCAGCUUAGGUCUGUCAAGCCCACUUGGACGCCACCAAAGCACCUCGCGCUUAAAUGAGGACAGAGGCAGGCGGUCGCUGUAUGGCAGCAGUCCCAGUAGCCCUUGCUUUAGCAGACGAUCUGGAGGACGCAGUCCUGGAAGCGUUAGCCGAGCUGAUUCCCAUAUGUCGCUGGGACGCAGCUGCCGCCUGAGCGAGUUUGACGUUGAUAUGGAUGAUAGUCGCAGUGUGGCCUUCACCGAGAGGUCGGCGUACAGUCCUCACUCGUCCACUGGCCGCAGUAUCUCCAUGCCACCACCACGGGCCCGAUCAUCAGCUACUGAUAAUGACCCGAUUGAUACCUUGGAUAUCAAACCAGUCAGUCAUCGCAACUACCUCGACCCUGACCUGGAGAAAGCCAUCAACGAGGUGCUGAAUUUCAAGCCGAUCAAAUUCAAGCGCAGGAGCUUGGAAGACUCAGAGGGUGAAGAAGAAAAAUCCAAGAAUGAGAAGGACGACAGCAAAAGUAUCGGCAAUGGAGACGGACCUCGCCCUGCUAGCAGUCUUAGACGCUCCGCGUCGGCAGUGGACUGCAUGAGAGCGUCCCGCAGCGGCAGCAGCUGCAGCAGUCGCCAUCGCAGCAAGAGCAAAGGCAAGAGCAAGAAGAAGAAGAGAAGCCACAGCUCCGAGUCGGACGGCUCAGGAGACGACCGUCGUCACAGGAGCAGCUCCAAGAGGAGGUCCAAGAAGUCCAAGAAAAAGUCCAAGAAGAGGGACAAAUCUUCGUCCUCUUCCUCGUCUUCUUCCUCUUCGGAUUCCGAGUCGGACUCUGGGUCAGAGUCUAGCUCCGGGGCUUCCACCAUUUCCUACAGAAGCUCCAGCAGUGUGAAGAGGGCCCCGGUUCGAAAGGUCUCCAGCCCAGAAGGGGAAGGAGAAGCUAGGCCACAGAGUGAGAGCCAGCCCCUUAACCCAAAGGACGAUAAGAAGAGGAAGAAGAAGGUGGACAGCCUGAUGAUGAAGUACCUGUACCGGCCAGACAGUGACUGAGGCAGGCACCCCCCUGGCCGGAGACACUGCUUCGAUAGAUCUGAUGAUGAAGAAGACGAGGAGGAAGAAGAAAAAGAAUAAGGCGACCCAGGGCUC